AUGGAAUACCCUGAAGAUAAAAGAAUCUUAUCGAUUCAAUCUCACGUCACCCAUGGCUUUGUUGGUAAUAAAGCCGCGACUUUCCCUUUACAAUGCCUAGGAUGGGACGUCGAUGUCAUCAACACCGUCAACUUUCUGAAUCAUACUGGGUAUGGCACGGUGGCCGGCAGCGUGGUAUCAUCAACCGACCUCGAAAAACUAUACCAUCACAUCAUCACCACUACAGGAUUAGAGAAAUAUCAAUGCUUGUUGACGGGGUACAUCCCCAACGCCGACCUUCUCGAGCAAAUCGGCAUGGUGGGCAGAGACUUGAAGCACAAGAAUCCUGAUCUGAUCUGGCUAUUGGACCCAGUGAUGGGGGACGAAGGGGUCAUGUACGUCGAUACUUCGGUGAUCCAGGCGUAUCAAAGCUUAGCUAAAAGUGGAGGAAUCGAUAUCAUCACCCCAAACCAGUACGAAUUGGAACUACUCCUCGGAUCCCCCAUCACCACCGAACUAGAGGUCACCAAGGCAUUGGACAUUCUUCAUCAUCAAUAUCGUAUCAAAUAUGUGAUCAUCACGCUGAUAUACUUGGAUAAUGAUAAAUCCAGUCUCAAAGCAGUAUGCUCCGACAAUGGCGAUUACCAUAUCCUAGAGAUUUCCCCGAUUAUCGAAGGGUAUUUCACCGGGGUCGGCGAUUUAUUUUCGGCGUUGACGAUCGAUAGAGUGUAUCAACAACACCUUCAUAAUGGAAAAAACCACAAACAAUUAUACCAGUGUAUUUCUGAAGUAAUGCAGAUAAUGCAUAAAGUAUUGAUAAUAACUAAACAGGCUAGAGAACUAGAGAAUUGUUCACAAGAGGAGAAGAGUGAGAAGGAUAAUAAUAAUAAUAAUAAUAAUAAUAAUAAUAACGUGGGGAAAAUCAAUGAUGGAACCAUGAGAUUCAAUGAAUUACGAAUCAUUGAGAGCAGGUAUUUGUUUGAUGGGAAUAAUUAA